AUAAAUAAAAAGUAUCCCUUACUUUCAACAGGAUGGAACUGUCUACAUUCAUUGGCAAAUAUUAUUUUGGCCUACUGUCUCAUUCAUCAGGGAGGCCCAACAUUGACCACUGUAGUGUGUUCUUUUAUACUUAACCUGGGUUAUUUGCAUGUAGCAUAUUAUUGUCGCUCUCUAGAUGAGUUCAUGCUGGACUGGUCUGUACCACAUUGUAUACUGUGUUUACGCUUGAUAGGUAUUGCAUGGGACUAUUAUGAUGGAAACAACUUUAAUAAUAACAAAAUAUCAGAAGACAUGAAAGCCACGAGAAUUUCUACACCCCCAACACUGUUUGAGAUGACUGGAUUUUGCUACUUUUUCGGAGGCGUUCUAGUUGGACCACAGUUCUCAAUAAGAAGAUAUCAAUCGCUUGUUGAUGGAACACUUCAAGAUAAGGACAUUGAUAGGAGUUCAAGCAUCCAAGCUGGGUUGCAACGCUUCUUCUUUGGAAUUGUGUACUUGGUAUUAUUCGUUGUCUUCAAUUUUUCCUUCAAUAAAAAUCACUUCCUUUCUGAAUGGUUUGAGAAUAUUUCACUUUUACAUCGGUUCUGGUUUUUUAUUUGGUUUUACGAAGUCAUGUAUAUGAAGUAUCUAGGUCUUUUCUUGGUGUCGGAAGGCUGCUGUAUUAUCACCGGGCUAGGAUAUAAUGGUAAAACAGAGGAGGGGAAGCCAAAGUGGGAUGCUGUGUCUAACAUACGCAUUAUCAGUUACGAGACUUCUUAUUCUAUUCAGCAAAUUAUUCAAUCUUUCCAUUUACAAACCAGCUUAUGGAUAGUGCGAUAUGUUUACAAACGUGCAAAGUUUCUUGGCAACAGAAUCUUGUCCUUGGCUAUUGCCCAGUUCUUCCUCGCUGUUUGGCAUGGAGUGCAACCUGGGUACUUCUUUUUGUUUUUCUGCCAGUUCAUGAUCAUUGUCUUUGAGCGAUCGGUCCUAACAAUCUGGGAGCUAUUACAAUGGAAGAAGGUUUCAGAGAUGCCCGUUUAUGUACAGAUCAUAGUUAAACCGUUGCUGUACUUAUGGUCCCAUAUGUUGAUGGGUUACGGGUCAGCUCCUUUAGCUCUAUUGUAUCUGGACAAAAUACAUAAGGUUGGAAUGUUAACGUAUUAUGCACCGUUCAUUGCAAUCACUACCUGGAUAACGAUCAUCUAUCCAUAUGUGGUUCUACCUCGCCUUGGCUCAAGGAAGCCGCUGGCCAAAGUGAACUAGGCACUGAUUAUCUGAAGUACUUAGUCUCUUGUAUCUUCAAUUGUUUGUGUUCAAUGUUACAGACAAUUUAUCUAAUAAGAUGGAUGUAUUUUUACCUUAGUCGAGCUGUGGCGACAUUCUGACUAUGUCAGCAGUUCAGCAGUGCUUUUGUGAGCUGGACAAACCUACUCACUUCUUAACCUCAGCCUCAAUAGAGGUUUGGCACCAUCACGUGACGUCAGCCAUGUUAGAUGGGAGGAACAAUACAAUCGUUUUACAUAAGAAAGAGCAGUUCCCGAGAGCAAAGGAAUUCUGUCAUCUAACCACAGGUAGCCCAAACUGUAUUAUGGGCGCCGGCACGUGAUGGUGCAAAACCUCUAUACAUAUUCACAAAAAUUAAAAUAUUAUCACACUGAUCCAAUAUUUAUGAAAAAGAAAAUAUGUAUUUUAGGAAUCCCUACCUUGGGAGCAAGGCUCUCUUGACCAGGCCUUCUCGGUCGUAGUUUUCUAGAAGUACUGGAUGGAGAGAGCUUUUUAGAACUUAACCAAAUUUUAAUUUUUUUUUUUUCCUUUUUACUUUUUGUUUAAAGUACACAAUAAAUAGUAUUUUUUAAGAGUGAGAUGUAAUAUUUUCAUAACUAUAUACAGCGUGUAUUCCAGAGGAAGUAAAUGAUGUGUUAAGUCCUCAAUUGUAUUUAUAAAAUUAAACAGGAGUAAAGAAAAAUAAACAUAUAGUAUGUUGCA